AUGGAAAAGGAGAGCAAACCAUCUCCAGCUUCGUUCCGCGUGCCGCCAUUUAUGCCUACGAAGACCGGUUUCUGGUUUUCGAUCCUAGAGAAGUAUUUCGGCGUAGCCGGCAUUAGCCACGAUGACGAAAAAGCCUUAGCCCUCAUGGGAUUCCUCGACCCACCAUACCUCGCAAAGAUAGAGUAUACCGUGACCAACCUCCCCGCCACCCGCCAGUACGAGAAACUGAAGAGCGAGCUAAUCCGCGUCCUGACAGAAUCGGACAGCGCCAAGGUUGAAAGAGUGGAAGACGGGAAACGACCCCAGCCGUCCGUAAAAGCGGCGGAUCACGAAGGCUUAGGAUCUCGCCGCAUCUUCAUCGUAGAUCAGAGAACGAAAACCUCGUUCUUAGUGGACACCGGGGCCGACAUCAGCGUUUAUCCCCGAAGCAGGCUAUCCAGAAACGUGAAGAAAGCAGCGUACGAAUUAUUCGCUGCCAAUGGGACGCCCAUCGCAACGUACGGCACCUUGGCGAUGGAGCUGAACCUGUCCCUUAGACGUGCCUUCAAAUGGCACUUCACGAUCGCCGACGUGCAAACCCCCAUCAUCGGCCUGGACUUCCUGAGCCAUUACGGGUUGCUUGUGGACCCAAGAAAGAGACGUCUUCUUGACACAACAACCCAGCUAACGACCCGGGGAUACGCCGCCAACUGCGAACAACUCAUGAUUAAGACCGUAAAGGGGGAUUCGGUCUAUCAUCAACUGUUGGCAAAAUAUCCUGAUCUAACGCGCCCACCGGCCUUUGGGCGAGAGAAAAUUCGGCACGGCGUGGAGCACCAUAUCGAAACCACACCAGGCCCACCCGUGCACUGCAAACCCCGCCGGCUCGCACCAGACCGGCUCAAACAAGUCAAGGCGGAAUUUGCAACGCUGAUUGAACAAGGAGUCAUGCGCCCAUCGAAGAGUUCCUGGGCAUCUCCGCUACACGUCGUCCUAAAGAAGGAUGGAAGUCUUCGACCCUGCGGUAACUACCGGGCGCUAAACGCCCGCACUGUUCCUGACAGGUACUCUCCACCGCACAUCCAAGACUUCGCGCAGCAGCUACACGGUAGGAAAAUUUUCUCAAAAAUUGACUUAGUGCGCGCCUACCAUCAAAUUCCAAUCGCGCCUCAGGACAUUAAAAAACAGCAAUUGCGACACCAUUCGGCCUUUUCGAGGCAACCAAUAUGAUGUUUGGGCUUCGAAACGCCGCGCAAACGUGUCAACGUUUCAUCGAUGAAAUCACGCGUGGCUUAGAUUUCGUAUACGCGUACAUCGAUGACUUCCUGGUAGCUUCGGAAACCGAGGAACAGCACCGCGAGCACUUGCGGAUUUUGUUCGAACGUCUAAAUCAUUACGGCGUAGUAAUCAACCUAGCAAAGUGCGAGUUCGGCGUUGAUGAGAUAGCCUUCCUAGGCCAUACGGUAAACGCGCAGGGUAUAAAACCGCUCGCCGAUGGAAUAAAAGCCGUAACUGAAGCACCGCUCCCCGCGAACAUCAAAGCUCUCCGCAGGUACCUCGGUAUGAUUAACUUUUAUCGACGUUUCAUACCGGGGGCAGCCAAAAUCUUACAACCCCUCAACGAUUUGCUGCAAGGGACGAAAAAGGGCAACAUGCCCAUUACCUGGUCGGAGGAAGCCAAAACAAGCUUUGGCGAGUUGAAACGCGCCCUAGCUAACGCUACGAUGUUAGCGCAUCCUAUACCCGGCGUGCCCAUCAGCCUCGCUGUAGACGCGUCCGACUUUGCAAUAGGAGCGGUGUUGCAGCAACGCGCGAACGACACUUGGCAACCGUUGGGUUUCUUAACUAAACCCUUAAACGCCGCGCAGCGAAAAUAUAGCGCGUAUGACCGCGAAUUGCUCGCUAUGUACACCGCGGUCAAACGAUUUAGACACGCCGUAGAGGGGAGAAAUUUCAUUAUCUUCACUGACCAUAAACCCCUCACUUAUGCGUUCGGUCAAAAUCCCGACAAGUGUUCGCCGAGACAGUUCCGGCAGCUGGAUUAUAUCGGUCAGAUCACGACCGAUAUAAGGCAUAUAAAAGGGCUGAACAAUAAUGUUGCCGACGCCCUAUCGCGCAUCGAAGCUAUAGGGAAAUCCGUGGAUCACAAAACCCUCGCCGCCGCGCAAGAAACCGAUGAGGAACUUCGCGACAUCGUCAAUUCCGAUACAUCCGCGUUACAGCUUAAGAAAAUUCGCUUCCCGGAUUACGACGCGGAAAUAUACUGUGACGUGUCAGGCGACAUCGUACGACCGUACGUACCGAAAUCCUUGCGGCGCGACGUAUUCAAUGCACUUCACGGACUUUCCCACCCAGGAAUUCGCGCCACUCAAAAACUAGUAAAAUCGCGUUUUCUUUGGCCUGCGUUCAACAAAGAUUGCCAAACAUGGACACGGCAAUGCAUCCCGUGUCAGCAAUAUAAAAUAACGCGACACGUAUCGACGCCGUCCGGAACAUUCGGAGAGCUCGCAGGACGAUUCGAGCAUACACAUUUAGACAUUAUCGUCAUGCAGCACUCUCAAGGCUGCCGAUAUUGUCUAACAUGUAUCGAUCGUUUUUCACAUUGGCCCGAAGCAAUUCCUAUACCAGAUAUGGAAGCAACGACCGUUGCCUCGGCUCUUCUUUCCACAUGGAUAGCGCGGUUUGGCGU